GUAUACCAGCUAAAUUCAUUAUAGGAAUUUCAAUAAGUAAAGAUAAAACUGCUGCAGCAAUAAGACUAAAAAAAGCUUCAGCAAUAAACAGAUAAAUCAUAUUCUCGAUAUCUAAAUAAACAGAAUCUUCAAAACCAUACAAUGUGUAUAAAAGGAUUAUAAAAUGAAUUAAAUAUCCACAAAAACUAAGUCUUGCAAUAAAAGCAAAUCCCUUAUUACUCAAUAUUUUAACAAUUAAAUCUUUGGAUCCACAAAUACCUGGAAGUAUAAAUAUACUUAAUCCAAUAGCAUAAAUUAUUUUAGAUGAGCCUGACCAAAAAUAUUAUACAUUUAAAGGCCAAUAAUAUUACCCAUUAACUUAUAAAAAUAUUGGGCCGUAAACAAUUCCUCCAAUAAUUGAAAGUGAAAUUAUGUAAUAAAUCCAUUUAAUCCAAGUAUGUUAACAUGAGUUUUAUAUUUUGGAAAUAAAAGAAAUUUUAUUUUCUUUAUUUUUAUCUUAAUAAUAUUCUCUAUACAUUAUUCCUAAAAAAAGUCCUAAAAAAUAAGGAGGACAUCUAGUCCAUGGCUUUACAUAAUAGUUUGUAAACACAUUACUAUUUAAAGCACUUUUUUAUGAACAACAAGGAAUCAAAAUUUCAUAAUAAAAAGAUAAAUAAAUACUUACACCUAUAAAUAUUCCAGUAAUUAAUAAAAUCAUUAUUUUUCCUGCUUUUUUAUUUGUUGCAUAUACCAUUAUCAUAAUCAUUGAAACUAAAAACAUUUGGAAAUCAUUCGACAAAUACCAUCCCCAUCCAAAGCAUUAUUAACCAUUAUCGAAUAAAUUAUCUAUGA